CCACUGCAAAAUCCACAGAAGACAUCAUGAAUCCCAAGCGUGAAGUCCUUAUUGCAACCGUGCUCGUCUUCCUGUUGGCCUGCGUGGAAUGCCAAUUAACAUUCUCACCGGACUGGGGAAAGCGAUCGGUGGGCGGGGCUGGAGUGACCGGAGCAAGCAGCUUCUUUGAGUCGCAGCAGGGAAAUUGCAAGACAUCCAAUGAGAUGUUGUUGGAGAUCUUUCGAUUUGUACAAUCCCAGGCACAACUAUUUCUGGACUGCAAGCACAGGGAAUAGACAACGAGAACUCAAUUAGGCGAACCAAUCUACCAAUAUGAUUAUAAUGUAUAUGCUCUAUAUAGUAAUUAUUCACUGUAUAUUUGUAUAUUGUAUGUUCGAGUACACGAGGUAGUCGUAGUCGGCAUUUAGAUUUAGAGGAGUUUUCCGUUUCGUUUCUCUCAGUGUAACAACUUAACUAUGUGCCUAAGAACCCAAGUCAAUAAAUAAGCGCAUCCGAAAAUUAUAAAA